CGAUAAAGCUCCAAUUGGCGCCUUAGCGCUCCACCAGUUGUUCAACUCGAGCUGCGAAUCCUUGCAACAAUGACAGUCGUCGUCAUAAUUUCUAGAUGCAUCAGACAUAGCCACAACCAACCUUCGCGUUUCCGUAUUGCCUUUCGUUACCUACGUAUUCGUGCCUGUACAGGACGCCUCAUCUGUGCAGGGAAAGAAAGUAUCAAGAAAGUAGAAGUGCCCGUUCCCACGACAACAUAAAUAUACUUUUAACUACCUGCAUAUUCCACAUCUAUCACGCAAACGUCCCCCUAUAGCCGACCUCAUCAUGUCCGAUCUGUACCUGUCCCAUAUUAGAAAUUGGUUUUGGAAAUCUCCUCCGGCAGAAUGGUUCAUAAGAGGCGCGCGAGAGAUGCUUAUCGGCACACUUAAACAAGGGCCAAUUCCCAAACACGUCGCCUUUGAAAUGGAUGGGAACAGGCGGUUUGCGAAGAACCACAAGAUCGAGACAAUUGAGGGUCACCAUUUAGGCUUCGAAGCUCUCGCGAGAGUACUUGAAAUCUGCUACAAGUGCGGUGUCAAAGUCGUGACUGUUUAUGCCUUCAGCAUCGAGAACUUCAACCGUCCACGUGGCGAAGUUAAAGGGCUCAUGGCCAUGGCAAAAGUGAAACUUGAACAGCUUGUGCAGCACGGCGAACUGCUAGAUCGAUAUGGCGCGUGCAUUCGCGUGCUUGGCGAGCGAGACCUUAUUCCUGACGACGUUCUCCCCUUCGUCGACCGAGCCGUGGAGAUGACCAAGCACAACAAGGACGCGGUUCUGAACAUCUGCUUCCCGUAUACUUCGAGAGCUGAAAUGACAAGCGCCAUCAAGGCCACUAUCGAUGAAUUCACCUCGCCGUCUCAGCCAUCGAAACCCCCAUUUUCACAGUCAAGGAUAACUCAGAAGAUAAGAUCGAAUCAUUCUAAAAGGACAGAGUCCCUGGACUCGAUCAGGGAAGCGUCGCCAGAAACUGGUGCCAAGUCGGAUGUAGACGAUUCCAUGUCUUCGACAACAGCAUUAGAUCCGGAGUCACCGCCUUUACAGUCGACGGCCAAGCCUCGCAGAUUCCCAAAUGCUGAAAACAUCACCGCCGACACCAUCAACAGCCACACAUAUACCGCAGAGUGUCCACCCCUCGAUAUAUUCAUUCGAACAAGUAACGUCACGCGAUUGAGUGACUUCAUGCUAUGGCAAUGCCACGAGAACACUCACAUCUUUUUCCUCAAGUGUUUUUGGCCAGAAUUUGAUCUCUGGCAUUUUUUGCCGGUAUUGCUCGAGUGGCAAUGGAGGCAAAAGAAACUCCUCGAGAAAGAAUCACCACGCAAGUAGCAUGAGUGCGUUGGUCACCAUUGUUUAACGGAAGCGUAAACUUGUGUUGAGAACCUGGGAAACUCCGAAUUGACAUAACCUCAUUGAGUGCCGUAUCAGCAAUUAGGAGGGGUGGAAGCACAGCGAUCCAAGGCCUUAUUUAUAAUCGUUCCGUGUUGCUAGCUAUAAAAAUGGAAUAGACGAUGUUUACCGUAAUAGAAAAUGCGCGACGGUUUCCGUAGAUGUCAGAGCAUUCUAGGCAUCGAUGAUUACCUUACCCAGUUCUCGCUGUGUGUGACGCGGGUAAUUCCAAAGUUUUGCUCCAGUACUGUUAUAAUUACC